AUGCACCACUACCAUCGCGGAGGAUUCACAGAUACCGUCCGAAUCUCAUCGCCCACCUGUGAGGACCUGGGAAUACCCACAGAGGACGAGGACCUGGUCUUCUCGUUCUGCCGCCAGAGGAAGAUCCAGAACCCAGGCCUCCACAUCAACGGCCUCCGCUAUGAGGUGGACAAGGCCAACCCUUUCUCAAACUUCAGCAUGAUCCCUCUGCCAGCCCAUUUCCUCAUAGAGCCUGGUUUGGAACCCGCGUUCAUCCGGAAACGGAACGAGCGGGAGCGCGAAAGAGUCCGGUGUGUUAACGACGGGUACGAGAAACUCAAGGACCACCUGCCCAUAGAGAAUAAAGACCGACGAAUCAGCAAGGUGGAGACGCUCAGAACCGCCAUCAGAUACAUCAAACAUCUACAGGCGUUGUUGGAGGAGAGUGACAUUCACGGAGGACAGAUAAGUGAGAACGGUUCCAGUAAGAAACGAAAGUUGGAUUCUGUUGAAAAGUCUAUUGAACAAACAGGUAAAAUGUAUGACAGGAAAGAAAUACGUUAG